GCACUCUCUCUUCUCCGAGGAGCUACACCGAGCCGAGCCGCAGCCUCACACGCACAUCGUACGGGGUGAGCUGCGUGCUUCGUGCCCCGAUCCAGGAGUAGCAGCUAGCCGCCAUGGGCGUCGGGAAGAAGGUGCUGGACGACGUGAAGCCGUACCUGAUGAUGGUGCUGCUGCAGGUCGGCUACGCCGGCAUGUACAUCGUCUCCGUCGCCUCGCUCAAGCAGGGCAUGAACCAUUUCGUGCUCGUCACCUACCGCAACAUCGUCGCCACCGCCGUCAUGAUGCCAUUCGCCAUCUUCUUCGAGAGGGGACUGAGGCCCAAGAUAACAAUGCCCAUCUUCAUCAAGUUCUGCGGCCUCGCGCUACUCGAGCCAGUGAUUGACCAGAACCUGUAUUACCUCGGCAACAAAUACACCUCCGCCAGCUUCUCCUCCGCGCUGGUCAACAUCCUCCCCGCCGUCACCUUCAUCAUGGCCAUUAUCCUCCGGAUGGAGAAGCUCCGCUUCAGGAGCCGCCACAGCCAGGCCAAGGUCGCCGGCACCAUGUGCACCGUCAUCGGCGCGGUGCUGAUGAUCAUGUACCACGGCCCGGUGGUGCAGUUCCCGUGGGCCAAGGGCGCCCACCACGCUGACCCGGCGGCGGCGGCCGCCGCCCAGAGCAGUGGCAGAUGGCUCAGCGGCACCAUCAUGAUCAUUGCCAGUUGCGUUGCGUGGGCCGGCUUCUUCGUCCUCCAGUCGAACACGCUGAACAGCUACCCGGCGCCGCUGACGCUGACGUCGAUCAUCUGCGGGAUGGGCGCCGUGACCAACGCCGGCGUGACGCUGGUGGCGGAGCGCCACGACAUGGGCGUCUGGAAAGUCGGCCUCGACACCCGCCUCUUCACCGUCGUCUACUCCGGCAUCGUCUGCUCCGGCGUGGCUUUCUACGUGCAGGGUCUAGUGACCAAGACACGCGGCCCUGUCUUCGUGACGGCGUUCCAGCCGCUCUGCAUGCUCAUCACCAACUUCAUGGGCUCCAUUGUCCUCAAAGAAGAGACCACGCUUGGAAGUGUGAUUGGCGCGGCGAUCAUUGUGCUCGGCCUCUACUCACUCAUCUGGGGCAAGAGCAGCGACAUCCUCGACAGCAAGCCAGCCAACUCUGCGGCAGAGAAGCUAGCCCUGCCGCUCACUUCGGUCUCCACCAACGGCAACAGCGGUAACGGCGGCGCUAAUGGUUGCAACGGCGGCAGGCAUGUCUGCGGCGGCCAGGUCGCGGACGACGUGGAGACGCCGGCGCCGGUGAAGGGUGCGAUCUGCUACUAGCCCUAGCCAUCCGUGCGUCUCUUCGAUGAUCGUGUAUGCGGACCUAAAGUACCUGUUGUAAUGCAGAAAGGAAGUUGUACGCACGUGUCGACCCAUGGUCUACUUUCUUAUUUUUUCUCUACAUUUUGACAUCGAUAAUCUCUAGCUAUGUAACUGUAUAAUUGGACCUGCCUAUGACGUGCAUGUAGUGCUGCUUCGCUCUGCUACCGUAGAGAUGAAAUUAAUCAACUACUUUUGAUGAUUCAA